AUGUCUACACAAGAUAUUCAUAAACUUUCAUCUGUAUUACGAUCAAUUGAAAUCAUUGAAGAGAAAACGAAUGCAUUAUAUUCUCAAUGUACAACAUCAAUAAAUGAAAACGAUAAUCUACAGCCAAUGAUUAUUGAUGAUACAAAUAUUCAUUUACAAAUAUUUUUUCAACAUUUUGAACAAUUAUUACAAAUUGAUUUAAAAAAUCGAAAAUCAUUAUUGAAUAAUAUUAGUAAUAAACGAAGUUAUUGGAAUUUUUUUUCAGUUGCACUUAAAGAAAGUAAAGCUUUAUAUGAUACUGUAUUAUAUGUUCUUAAUAGUCAAGAAGUAAAAACUGCUACUGGUCGUGGACGUUUAUUUCUUCGUUUUUGUUUACAAAAUCAUCGUUUAGGUGAUGUUAUACAACAAAGUUUUAUGAUGACAAAAAUUGUUAAUCAAUUUUAUAUUGAUGAAUGUUUUUGGACAACACCAAAAUAUAUGAAUCGUAUUAUUCAAGCCUUAUAUCAAUUGAAUGAUCUUCGAUACGAUCUUCUUUCAAAUUCACAAUAUCAACUUGAUGUUUGUUGGCCAACAAUAGAAUCAGUUGAAAAUCGUCCAAAAACAUUAUCUGAUGCCGCAUCAAGAAUGCGAAAUAAUAGUGUAUCAAGUUUUUUAUCAAUGAAUAGCAUUGAUUCCCAAUCAAUUAUUGCAGUUGUUCCAGAUACUUCAAAUUCGAUUCCAAUUAUACCAACAUUAUUUCGAAAUCUUGAAUCAUCAAUUAAUGAUGGUAGUUCAGUUCAAUCACUUUCAUCUGUUGACGAAGAUCCUGAAAAUACACUAAUUUAUUGGAAACAAAAAUGCCAGGAAUUAGAAAUGCAAUUACAAGAAAUACAUUCAACAAAUUCAUUAUCAUCCAUUGAUGUUGAAAUUCAAUGUUCUAUGAAUGAAGAUAAUCAAAUAGAUAAUGCUAAGGAAUCAAUUGAUAAUGAAGUAUUAAAUAAAUUAAAUAAUGAGAAUGAACAAUUACAAACUCAAAUUAAUUUAUUAAAAGAAGAAAUAACUAAUCUCAAUCUUCAACUUUCUUCUAUGUCAAUUGAACGUUCAACAACAACAGAUAAAAUAAAAAAUUAUGAAAAUGAUAUAGUCAAACAUGAAUCAUUGAUCGAGCACAAAGAUAGUCUAUUUAAUGAAUUACAACAAAAAUAUGAUGAACAAACAAAGCAUUUACAAUUAAUUCAAGAACAACAUUUAUCUUAUUCAAAUGAAGUAAAUAAACAAAUUGAAUUAUUAAAAAUUGAACUUGAACAAUCAACAAAAUUACUUGAAAAUGAACGAAUAUCAAUGGAAAAUGAACGAAUCAAACAAAAUAAGAUUCAAGAAAAGUUAGAAGCUUCACUAAAUGAAGUAACACUUGAUUUUGAAGAAAUGAAACGUCGUUUAGUGAAAGCUAUCCGUGAAAAAGCGGAAUUAUUUAACUCUAUACAUUCAUAUGAAAUAAAACUUGAAGAAGAACAAUCAAGAAAAUGGGUACCAGAUGAAGAUGUUCUUAAUUGUACGAAAUGUAAUACUGUAUUUGGAUGGACUGUAAGAAGAACAUGUAAAAAUUAUUCAAAAAAAGAAAUUAUCAUCAUGACUAAUUAUCCAUGUUUAUCAAAUCAAAAUCGUUCAAUUUAUUCUGAUACAUUACAUGAUGUUGAAGUAGCUGGUUAUCGUUAUGUUAUUUUAACUAUAUGUAUAUUUGGUAUUGUAUGUAAUGUACUUAAUUUAUGUGUUCUUCUUCAACGUCGUCUAAAAGAAUCACCAUAUACAUAUUUAACUGGUUUAGCUAUAGCAGAUAUGCUUACAUUAAUAUCAAUAUCACCAUUUUCAAUUGUGCGUGGUGAUUAUAUUCGUCAUGCAAACAUAUUUUAUACUUUAGUACGUUUUGAGUCACAAUUUUAUAUGCCAUUAGCAAACUAUUUUGGUCAAGUAAGCAUAAUGAUAACAUUAGCAUUAACAAUUGAACGUUAUUUAUUUACAACUUAUCCAUUACGUACACGAAGUUUUUGUAAACCACGUUAUGCACGUAUUGUCAUAACAAUAAUAUUAUUUAUUUGUGCUCUACUUAGUUUUCCACGAUUUUUAAUUGAAAAUGUUAAAGAAUAUAUUGGAACUGUUGAUUCAUUUAAUUCAUCACAAUGUUCAACACAACCAUUUAUUAUUCAAUAUUCAUCAAUAAAUUCAACUCAUAUUGGUCAAUGUUUUUGUGUUGUUGGAUAUACAAGAGAAAAUUUUUCACCAUAUAGAAAUGCAUAUUAUAUAACAAUGUUUAUUUUAAAUCAAAUUUUACCGGUUAUAAUUUUACUUUUUCUAAAUUUAAAAUUAAUCAAACGCGUUCAACAUUCAAAUCGUUAUACAUUAGAUGAACUCGUUGCUCGACAACAUACUCACAUGACAUCAUCAUCAACACUUAUGAUGCAUCCAAUAAAACAAAAACGUUUACGUGAUGAACAUCGUUUAACCAAAACACUUGUUGCCAUUGUUGUUGUUUUUCUAGUGUGUAAUACAUUUACAAUAAUAUCUUAUCCUAAUUUUAUACGACAGUUAACAAUUAAAAAAUAUCCAAAUUAUAUAUAUUCUGGUUUUCGUAUACAAAAAUUAAUAACAAAUAUAAUGUUAUUAUUAAAUUAUUCAGUAAAUUUUUUUUUCUAUUGUGCAUUUAAUCAAAAAUUUUUGGAUACACUUAAAACAACAUUUCGUCUUACAAUAUGUUCAUAUUUACAAGACAAAUUUUAUAAUCAAAAUAAUAGUAUAAGAACACAACGAACAUUAUGUACUAGUACAACAUCAUCAGCAAAUUCAUCAUAUUAUUUACAAACGAAAAUUCAUGGUUCAUGUAAAAAUUUUUCAACUUAUGAUGAAGAAUUUCUACGUUUAAAACAACAUCCAAAACAAACUUCUUUACGAAAAUAA